UGUGUGUGCACUUCCGCUUUUCUUUUCACAACAAAAACACGACACAGAUGAUCUCAUAGAGUGCCGUCAGCUGACCAAAUGGGACCAUAUCCAGGAUCAGAAUCAGACGACACGUUUGACUAUUUAUUUAAGAUUGUGUUGAUAGGGGACGCAGGGGUCGGGAAGACGUGUGUUGUCCAGAGGUUCAAAUCAGGCACAUACGUGGAGAAACAUGGCUCGACUAUCGGUGUCGACUUUACCAUGAAAACUUUACAAAUAGAUGGAAAGCUGAUAAAGCUCCAAAUUUGGGAUACAGCUGGACAAGAAAGGUUUAGAACCAUCACUCAGAGUUAUUACCGCAGUGCCAAUGGUGUAAUUAUAGCUUAUGACAUCACAAAGAAGGGGACAUUUGAGAGUGUGCCCCGGUGGAUUGAGGAUGUGAAGAGAUAUGCAGGACCAAACAUUGUACAGUGUAUCAUCGGAAACAAAAAAGACAUGGAACAUUUACGAGAAGUGAAUUUGUCAGAAGCAAAGGCCUUUGCUCAACAUCAUGGCAUGAUUGAUGCCAUAGAAACAAGUGCCAAAGAGAACACUAAUAUAGAAGAACUGUUUACAGAAAUGGCAAAGGAACUAAAGAAAAAAUAUGGUGGAGAUACCUCUAUAGAGAAUUCUUCCUCAAGUAAAAUACAACUGAACUCUAGGACUGUUGGUGGGGGAUUUAGCUGCUGUGGUAGUUAGACUUCUGUCUGUCUGUAUGUGUCCUAAUUAUUGGACAGGAUUCUGCUUCUUGGCUGUGUAAAAGUUUAAAUAAUAUACAUAGGGUAGAUCAUGUGAAAGAAAGUGAGAUCCUUCAAGAGCAAAAACUUAAUACGUUUUGCAAAAAUGCUUUCAAAUUUGAUCAAAUGCAUUCCAACCCUUAGAUUCUCUUGAAAACAAUUCAAUUUCCUCCCAUAGAUAGGCUUGUAUGUGAUUUAUAUAUAUUGGAUAAAAUUUCACAAAUACUGGCAAGGUAAUAUACAAAAUUUAAAAUUUUAAAUUGAGAAGAUUUUGGGAAUGUUUGACUAUACAUGAAAUUGGUGUUGCACCCAGUGAUUCUGUAUCUGGUAUGUAUAAUGUAGAUAAAGCACCAUUUAUCAGGAAGGUAUGUUAUUUAUUUGAAUGUAUAAUAUAACUAAUAAAAAUGAUAUCAGAUUUUUUUUCUAUUGUUUAUUGUGAUGUGUUGUCAGAUCAUUGUUUUUGGAUCCUGGUAUGCUCUGUUUUACAUCUUCGUUGUACAUAAAAGUUGUUUCUUUUAAAGUUUAGAAGAGUGUACAUUAUAUUUGUAAAAAUUGGUUGUUGUAAAUUGGAAAACUGAGUAAAAUGUGCAAUACCUUAUUAUAAAGUUUACUUUAGAUUUUAAGAUUUAUUUAUAAUAUGUGAUAAAAAUUUUCUGAAUGCAUUAAACCUUUUGAUUGACUCUACUUAUUGUAAGAAGACAGCAAAUUCAGCUUUUAUAUAUGUUAAUCAUGAUAAUUAAAUGUGUGAAAAAUAGUUCUUAACAUGCUCUGAAACAGAAUUUUUCCAUUGUAUGAUAAAAAAGGCUGAAGAAAAGACAUUUUGUUUUAUGCUAAGGACUGAUGCUAUUAACAUAUUAUCAAAAAAUCAUGAAAAUAACUAAGUAUAUGUUUAUAUAAGUAAAAUGAAUAAGUUAAGCUACAUAAAGUUUCAUUUUUAUUCCAUGUUAUGAAGUAAUAAAACUAUGAAUUUAUAAGGAUGAUGACAAAAAGGUAGAAAUUUGAGUAUCGUAGAAAGUCUACAAGAUCUGAAUACUUUAGAGAAUUAAGAUAUGCAUCAUUAAAAAAUGAAGUCCAAAAAUAUCUACCGAUCCAUUCAUCCAAUGUUUUGUUUGUAGCAUGUGUCCUUAAUUUGAAUUGAAUUUAUUUGGAGAAAAAAAAAUAGUUCAGAGUAGAUAUUUUGUAAAUAAUACUAAUUUACUAUGUUUAAAAUAUUAACAUCAUUAUUUUAAUCCAAACUCUCUAAAUAGGAACUGAUCUCUAAAAUUGCCUUUACAACUCAGGGGUUUUAACUAAAAUGUUCAUUGAAUGUCACUAUUAUGAAAAUUAUGUGAAUUUCGAAAUUUUAUUUAUCAAACUAGUUAAUGAUAUACCUGAGAUUGUGAAUUGUGAGCUGCCACACUUGGGAAAUAUUUAAAAAUAUUAAAAACAAUCUGUUGCUUGCUUUUUCUGUUAUUUGAUGCUGAUUUGAAGAAUAUUAAGAUAAAAUACCUUUAAGUAGCGUAUUUUUCUGACGUGGUUCCAAACGUAUUUUCUCGAAUUUUCAAAAAGUAGGUGCAUUCUAGUGCUUUUGAUAUAUUUAUGGUAAUGAGAUGUCAUAUGCUUAAGUCGUUUCAAUAUUUCCAAAUCAAAGAUUUCUGAAAAUUGUGAAGAAUGAUACAAUUUAUUUUCUUUCACCAUAAUAAGGAAAUAACACAAAGUUAAAUAUGAAUCAUUGAAUACGUCAGAUGAGAGAGGUGAUGAAUUUUCAAAAAUAAAAAUUCGCAAGUGUGAAACUUUUUAUAAUUAUACAAAGAUAAGGGUAAGUAUUAAUAUAUGUUUAAUAAAGAAAAUGAUAUCACAUUUUAAUUAGGAGAGAAAUUAAUUUGAAAACAAAGCUCUAUUAAACCUUUAUCAGGUGCAUGGUUGGAUUUUUUUUAUGUUAUAUAGCAUGUACAUGUAUAUAUCUUUCAAUGAUUCAAUUUAUUUGUUGAUUUGAAUGUCUAAGUAUUGUUUCUUAGUAAAUUUUAAUUCUGCUCUUUUACUGUUGCUGGCCAGUUAGUUACAAAUUUAUAUUUUUGUUGCUUUUAUGUCCCUUUAAUAUGAUUAUGCUAUGAAGGAGAUUUACCUGUAAUUUUUUUUCUGGAUUAAUUUAGCAAAUAGAGUUAAAAUAAACUCAAUAAUAGUGCUUAGGACUAAGGUGAAUUAUGAUUUAGCAUAAUUAGUACAUUUUUUAUUCAGUCAUUACGUAUAUUUAGAUUGAUUAAGGAAGGACAGGGACAUAGAUUUAUUGUUUGUAUUAGAAAUUCGCAAGUUCAUUCAUGUUAAGGUGAUUUAUAAGCUGUACACAUCAAAGCUUAAUAAUAUUAAGUAACGCCAGUUGUUUGAGUGAAUUAUUGCCUAUUUAUCUUUUUUAUAAUUGGUUUCUCUGCUGUUGAGCAUAAUAUAAUAUUCCAUAUUAAAUGUUUAACAUUUUAACUGUAGUAGUAGAAGUGAUUUACAUAGUUGCCCGUUAUUUUCACUUCACAUUAAUUAUAAGAGUGUUUUCUGUAAAAUUUAACAUUUUAAAGAUUUUGUGUUUUACCUAUUUCCUUAGUCGACUGUUAUUUGUUUUCCCCAAGAAUGCCCUUCUUUAGUAUACUCAAAUAUUUUUGAAACAUUUGUAUAGUCAGAAAUAAAAAGGAAGCUUAAUCCGACUAAUUUAUAAGACCUUAGAUAUAAAUUAUUGAUUUUUCAAAAAGUGUUUAAAGCAUCCCCCCCCCCCCCAAUAUACUUAAUUUAUAAUAAAAUGCAUAAUUUUGGAAAGAUCUUUUGAGGAUACUUUGGAGUAUAUUGUACCUUUCGGAUUUACAAAAUAAAAUUAAUUGUCAACAUUAGAAUAGGUUCCGUAGAUAAGGAAAAAACAGCAAAAAUUUGUUAUUUGUGUCUGUGUUCUUUAAAGCAGAGUUAAUUGUGUAUUGUGACAUUUCGUUUUGUUUGGUAGUCAUUUAUUGUAAAAAAAAAAAAUAUUAUGUUGCGAAUUAUAACAUUCCAUUGUUAUAUAUUUGCAAAUUUCAUUUUGACAAUUCAGUUUUCUGAUGAUAGUAAAAAAAAAAGAAUGGGCAAUCCAAAUAAACGUUUCAAGAUAAGUAGCUUAAUCCAUUGAUUAAGUAAAAGUAUUGUUCAGUGUUUUAGCAAAGCACACAUUAAAGUAUUUUUGCCAGAAUAAACAUUUAGGAAUACCUUUACUUGUAUGAAUUUUUCAUUCUCUUCAGACAGUAAUUGUUAUUUUCAGCCUGUGUAUUUUUAUCUUUUUAUCGUAUUUUUUGCUUGUUUAUUGGAGAUUCAUAUAUUUUAGACAUAAGCUAACCAAACUGGAUUUUUAUUUACUUUUCUCCUUAAGGAAAUCGUUGUCUUUCAUGGCUUUUGUUGAAGAUAAAUCAUUAUUGUAUGUAAUAAUGUGUUUUCAGUUCAUAUGUCAUUCGUUCUGCACUGGAAUAUUAAAACAUUGAAAAUGUUUAUGUGAUGUAUGGAUUCCAGUUUUUCUUGCCGAAAUAAAAAAAAACCAUAAAAAGAAA